AUUUUCCAAAAUGGCAGCUCAGACAACUUCGACAUCGUCUAAUGGAGAAAAUUAUGAAUUAGUUCGAGGGCAGGCAUUUGAGGUUGGCCCAAGAUAUACAAAGCUACUCUACAUUGGAGAAGGCGCUUAUGGAAUGGUCGUAUCUGCUUAUGAUAAUGAAACUAAAACCAAAGUGGCCAUUAAAAAGAUAUCUCCUUUUGAGCAUCAGACAUAUUGUCAACGAACAUUGAGAGAAAUCAAAAUCUUAACAAGAUUCAAGCAUGAAAAUAUUAUUGAUAUUCGAGAUAUACUGCGUGCAAAAUCAGCUGAUAAAAUGAAAGAUGUAUACAUCGUUCAAUGUUUGAUGGAGACUGACAUGUAUAAAUUAUUAAAAACACAACAGCUCAGUAAUGAUCAUGUGUGUUAUUUUCUCUAUCAGAUCUUACGUGGGUUAAAAUAUAUACAUUCAGCUAAUGUUCUACAUAGAGAUCUUAAACCUAGUAAUCUCUUACUCAAUACUACAUGUGACUUAAAGAUCUGUGAUUUUGGUUUAGCUCGUGUUGCUGAUCCUGAACAUGACCACACAGGAUUUUUAACUGAGUACGUUGCUACCAGAUGGUACAGAGCACCAGAAAUCAUGUUAAACUCUAAAGGUUAUACCAAGUCCAUUGAUGUAUGGUCAGUUGGUUGUAUUUUAGCUGAGAUGUUAUCUAACAGACCUUUAUUUCCUGGUAAACAUUAUUUGGACCAGUUAAAUCAUAUCCUAGGUGUAUUAGGUUCUCCUAGUCAGGCUGAUCUAAACUGUAUAAUGAAUGAAAAGGCUAGAGGAUACAUUCAGUCUCUACCUUACAAACCAAAAAUACCAUGGACUAGAUUAUUCCCUAAUGCUGAUUCUAAAGCUCUAGAUUUAUUAGAUAAGAUGUUGAUAUUUAAUCCACAACAGAGAAUAACUGUAGAACAAUCUUUAGCUCAUCCUUAUCUCGAACAAUAUUAUGAUCCUGCUGAUGAACCCGUAGCUGCCGAACCAUUCACCUUUGAAAUGGAGUUGGAUGAUUUACCUAAAGAACAAUUAAAAGAAAUGAUAUUCCAAGAAACUAUGACUCUAAAAGAUAGAUUAGCCAAAGAUUAAUGAUUUAUUAUGUUGUUGUUUUGUUGGUGUUAUGUAUGAAGAGAGAGGACCGCAGUGCAGUUCUAAAUAUCAAUUGAUGAUGAAUUCUCAUACAGUCUUGUAUAAAGAAUAUAUUUGCUCUAUUGUAAUGUGGAAUUCAUCAAGUUAUUGUCCCUGCUAUUGUAUUAUAUCACAGUUUUUCUUCUAUUUUUAUUGUCAGUGAAGGUCACGCCAAGCCUUUUUCCUUGUUUAUCGUAGGAAAGGAUGUUUUCAGAUUUUUUAACAUAAACAUUUGCAUUUCUUGCAAAUACAAAAUAAUGUCAUAAUGUUACAUCUUUUGUAUUGAAAAGGAAAGUGCAAGAGUUUCUUGAUUCAUUUUGCAAGAUGAAUACCCUACAGCUGAAUGGUUUAGGAAUAAGGCUUGGUAUUACCGCUAACUGUAAACUGAAUGCUUCAACAUGAUUUAAUAUUGGUGUGGCUGAUUUGGGAAUGAUUUUGUAAUGGCUGCUUUAUAACCUUUGCAAAGCCCCCCCCCCUUGGUUUUUCUGUGCAAUAGGCUGUAGCUUAUUAAUAACAUGCAUUUAGAAAGAAAAUGGCUAAAAUAAAUCAAGAAAAACUGUGAUAGGUUUUUUAUGAAAGUAUCAUAUCUUAUAAUGAAAUUUAUAACUUAGGACUUUGAUCUGUAUAUGUUGUACUUUAUCAAAUCGUUAUUCAUAUUUUCUAUUUGUUCUUGUUGAUUUUUUUAUAUAAAUUUAUUAAUAUACUUUAUGUAUUUAUCAUGUUUCAAAAAUACAAUAGAAAUUUACACAUAGUCAAACUUGUAGAGGGCAGGUUGAGAAGAAUUUUAUUAGAAAUAGUUACUUAAACUAUUGAAUGUACACUGAUGUAUAAUGCACUGAAAUUGGCACUAAUUCGUCUGAAAUAUUUUUAUGACUACAAUAUUUGUUGUUUGAUCAAUGUGUUGUACAUUAGUAGUGAACGUAUUUCUAGUAUCUUGUCUCUCUUAUGGUUUAAAAAUUGUGAAUUGGAUACAAAUUUUGUUGAAACAUUACAUUUAAAACAUAAAGACAAUUUUGCAUGAACGUAGUGCUACCUGUUAUGAAAAUGUUCAUCAGAAUUUCUUAAGUUAAAGAAAAAACAAAAGUAUCAUGAAUUUGUUAAAUUUUUAGAAUAAUAUUGUUUUUAUGUGUUUGAAAUGAAAGGAUUAGAGACACAUCAGAGUCCUGGCCCUCACAGAAACCUGCACAUUAAUCAGUUAUGUUUUUCUUUAACUAAUACAAAAUCAUGAAAAUAUCUAUAAAGGUGUUGAUUUUCCUCAAAUGUUGACUUUAUAUUGACAUAUUUUUGCUUAUAUCUGUACUGCCAUAUUGUAUGUAUAUGUUAUAUAUUAUUAUUAUUGUUAUCCUCUUGAAGCUUUGGUGCACCAUACUGUAUUGUGUUUAACAUUGCAUAAUACAUAUCUUUUAUAGCUUUGACUGCACAUAGCUUUCAUUAGUUGUAUUUGUUAGAGCUUUUCAUAAGAUUUCAAACACACUGCACAUUGCUUUAUAGUCCUGUUUCAGGUGAGUAAAGCAAUGAAUGCAGUCAAAGCUUUUCACAUAAGCCACAGCUCACUUUGCUUUAUAAAGACGCCAGUUUUGGUAAGGGAGGACAUUAUAAGCAGUGAAGCUAUCCAUCUGCUUUAUGGCUUUGCCUGGAGCAUGUUUAAGCAGAUGCUCAAAUAUGAAAUGCUUGCUUAGAAUAUUUAUAUGCUGUAAGCUAUUGUUAACAUUUUUACAUUAACGAAUGUGGUUGAUUUUUCCAUGGAAUUUGAAAACAUGAAAAGUUUAUGAAAUGAAUUUCAAAUUUUUUAAGUUAUUGUGUUUCUUGGCAUGAUGCAGAGUUUUUGGGUAGAAAAUGUUGAAGUCAUGUAUAACCAAAGCUUGGUUUACAAGUUAAGAUAUAUCCACCUUAUCAUUGCUUUUGGGAAAAUAGUGAAGUCUUAAAAUUGAGAUUUUUAUGGAAGCUGUAAACACCUUUAUGUAAAAAUAAUUUCAGAAAUAUUUUUGUAGAGUCUUUGACGGUAGAAUAAAACCUGCUGAAAUUAUAGUUGGUCUUUGUUAGUUAUAGAUCAUUUUUGUCUCAUUGCAUGAAAAAUAUUUCUUUGUUUUUGUGGACGAUUAUUGUUGACAGUAAACUAUAAGGAGAAUGUCUGAUUUAGGAUUGCCUUCAUGCAGGCCAUGAAUUUGAUACGCAUCGUUUCUUUUAAUAUUUUUGCAGCUUUUCAAAACUUAAGAUUCUUGUUGACUCUUACCAACCUCUCGUAUAGAUAAGGUAAGAGUCAGCAAGUUUCAUAAUGCUUUGAACCUCUCAUGCAGAGGUUUGAUUUUCAUGAUAAUUGUCAUCAUUGUGAUAUGGACCUAAUGAAUUAAUUAUUUACAUAAGCAUAAUUGUUACAAAUUUUCAAAUCCUUACCAUUGUAAGAGUGUUAUUGUUGUUUUUGCUUAACUUUUAUAUCCAAAAAUUUACAUAUUUACCGAUUGAAUAUUAACAGGAAUGUAGACGUAGGUUUCACUUUUUCCCCAAUACAUGUUAUAUUUGUUUAAGGGUUUAACAGAUAGUUAAAUAACCUGAGCAAAGCUGAAAACUUGGGGGUUUUUGGUUAAGAUUGUGGUUAGAAAAUCAGUAAAAUUUAUUGAUUAUAUUCAGUUUUUUGAACCAAUCAGAGGAACAUUUCCUACAAAUUUUUCCAAAAACCAUCCAAAUAUUUAGCUCUUAUUUUCGUUCAUAAGGCCUUUGACACAUUUGAAAACCACAUAAUUUAUAGAUUCAUUAUAGUAUAUCAUUUUACAUCUUAAAUUCUUCCCCUUCCCUUACUUACAUGUACGUAUAUUAGUCAUAUUUAAGAGUUAUAUAUAUAUAUGAUAACAAGUUCUAUUCAACAUGCUUUUAGCCAUUCCAUUUUGCUCGAAAGCAACUUAUCUGUGCUAUUAUAUACCACAUUUAUCAUGUGGUGCAGAAAUUUUGACAUUCAAUAAUCUUCUGGGAGAAAAUGCUUGAAUAGAAGGAUGAGGAAAGAAGUAAUGAGCCAUGUCACAAGCGUAUUGAUAUGCAGAGCAUAUAUACAUUAUCUGAUGCAGAGCCAACCCUUAUUAUCAACUAAUUGCUGCUUUCUGCAUGGGAGAAUAUUAAUACUUUUAAAUCAAUCCUUAAUGUAGUCUCAAACAUUCUGGCUUCUCCAUUCUUUGACCUUUUGUGUGAAGACAGUGGGGCAUGACGAUAGGGGCUAUCCCUAAAGAUCUUGCAAGCUUUUUUUUUUUACAUAAGAUCUUGAGUCAAGAUUUGUAGAAGAUAUAGACAUAGUUCAGUUAUAUUCUUUUAUUCCAAUAGAAAAGUGUUAGUACCAAUACUGUUAGAGCUUUUUUCCUGCUUUGUGUAUCAUUAACUUUAAGACUUAGUAGGCACAGCAAUUACUUGUUACAGAUUUAUUGAUGUUAUCAUGUAUUUUCUUUAUAUUGUUGAAGUAGUAGAAAGUAAUAAUUAACAUUACUGUAAAUUUUCUCUUGUAUACAACCCAUAAUAAAUAUGUUACAGCUGUCCUGUGUCUAUUUUAUUUUGACUUCUAUUGGAAAUGCUAGAUUUGAAUCACAACUGCAGGCCCUUACUCAAGCGGCAAUAUCAAAAAUAAAAGCAAGUAAAGAACGGAACGAGUAUGGUCUUUUAAUUACCAAGUACAACUGAUAACUCAUUUAGUUUCAGUGAUUAUUAUGUUCACAUUUCAAAUCAGACCAAUGUGGGUUCAUACAUACAGUACACUACAGGGCUUUUGAAACAAUAGUAACAGACACAAGUCAGUAAAAAAUUGUCAAUAAUGCAAUAAAUCUAUAUUUUCUUAUUUCCAUUAUUAACUUUAAUUUGAUCAGAUCAUCUUGAAAUAUUAAUUCUCACCUGGUCACAGACACCAGUUUCAAUAAGUCAAUAUAACAUUGUUUGCAAUGUUUUCACUGGCAGAUAUCAAAUGGUGCCCCUAUGUAAAUACUGCGAUCGAUGAAUCAAUUAUGCACUUGGAGUAUAUUAAGUAUAUGCUGAACACUCAAAUCUACACUGAUAUUCUGUCACAAUAUCCAACCAACAAGAGUUGCUGAAGAAACAUUGUUCAAACCAAAAUCACUCUACUGUGCACACCACACUUUAGAUAAUGGAAAUCAAGAGUUGCCAGAACUAGAAGUUACAGUAGUAGAAACAGUAUUUUCUGUAGGUUUAUUUUGAUCUGAAUUAGUUGAUGACACAGGGGUAGAAUUGAUAUUUGAAGAUGAAGAUGUUACUAUAUUAGAGGAACUGGAAGUAACAGGAUGGGUUGGUCUAUAGGGAGUAUGUACACCAGUCAUUCCUCCCAUACUACGUCCUGGACUUCCUACUGGAGACCGUCCUAACAUACUUCUUCUGGCCUCCCUAUCUGCAUCUCUUCGUCGUUUGAUAUCAUUUAAUACAUUGUCCAUUCUGGCAACUUUUUUGACAGAUCUAGGUGUUUUCGAUGCUCCUGGAGUUCUCCUGGGAGUUAUGACUGUAGAGGUUGUAGAAUCCAUAUCAUCAAAAUCAAACUCACUUGGAGCUGAAGGUCUCUUUUCUUCUUCUUUUGGUUGUUCUUCCACCACUUCCUUUUCUACAGUUGGUUCUGGAGUUUCAGUUUCUUCCUUUUCAGAUUCUGGAGGACGACGGCCUGGACAUUGCCAUCGCAACUCGAUAAACUUUUCUUUUUCUAACUUCUCAAACAGACUUAUAAUAUCUUCAGGUUUCGGUUGCCAUACCCCCUUUUUCUCCUGUGUUGGAUUGUAUUUUUCAUCAUCACUACAUUCUAUACACCAAUCCUCCUCUUCAGUUUUAUCAUUAUUUAUUGUGCUGUUGUAACUCUUCAUUUUUGUUGGGUUUUUUUUGCCCAGUAUUACUAAUAAAUUUGGAGGUAAUAGUUACUUCUGCCGGCUUUGCGUACACACUAUUUUUUCAUUUUUUGACGACU